AUGGCUAACGAGUCUCCCAGUCUCUACAACCUAAUUGAGGAGCUCGGGUUUCCUCCAAGCGAGCACCAAUUCUUGCUUCGUCUUUUCGGCUCAUCCGACCCAUUUGCUGGGCUUCCUGGUGCAGACCUAGAGGCCAGUCACAGCCGAAAUCAAUCUUGCCAACUCAGUUCCACCAGCAUUGCUCGCAGACUUGCAUCUGCUAGGCUCUGGCAAGAUAUUCCUCCGUUUACUGGGUGGAUUUCCCUAACUAACCUACCGCCUAGUGAACGCGCCAAUCAUUUUCGUCUACAAUCCACCCACCGUCGUCCUAGUGACUUUCGCGAAGGUUUAGAAGGCAGAGAUCUGGUUCACUACGAAGAAGAGUGGACUUCCCUCAUUGGCACCGAUUCAGAAUCUCUGUUCUCCGAGUUACUCCAUCAGCUUGCAACAGACGGCGAGCCUCCCUGCCUCGAGUCCCCUGGGCUUCCUGAACACCCUAAGGCAUCGGAGAACAUUGCACGCCCUGGGUCUGUUGAACCCCCAAGCCCAUCAGUCUAUGAGAGCGAAAUAGGUGAGCCACCCGACUCUGUUGAUAACCUCAACGAGACCCCUGGAACCCAAGGCAAUUGCGAAACAUCCCAAAACCCGAGGACUUUAAAUCACCCUGGGAGCUUUGAGCGGCUACUUGAAUCAUUCCCAAGACCUCCCGGUCGCAAUCAAACGGUCAGGGAGCAAAGUUUCCCCCACGUUUAUUCUGACACCCAACGAGUGCCACCGAAAGACAGUGCCCAGGCUAAUACAUCGACGAUCGCCAACAGUCAGAUCAAACCUGUGACCAGCCUACCUCGGAUUUCCCGAUUCUCCGAAGAUUUGGGGGACAGUAACCCGAUCGGAGAGCAAUAUUCUUCCAGCAUUUGUGCCAAAGGUGAUACAUCUGCACUCGACACAAGUGGGCUAGGGAAUACCUCAACUACUUCUUCUGGAAUCUCCCCGCCGCCUUUCGACGAGACUUCAACUAUCGUCAACACUCGGAACGUUUCCCCUCAGAUCCCUUCCCUGUCCCCCAGCGUCUCUUUUAGAGAGUUACGUCUUCCCAUUGACUAUCACGAGGGACAACAAGUGGAUCUUGAAAGCUCCCACCAGGCUCAGGAGCGGGCAAAUCGGUACACCUACACCAUUUUCCCUGAAUACUCCUCGCGAGUUCGUCCGAUCAGCUACGUGAUUAGAAGGCAGCAAUCCUUCCGCACUAUCUUCGAAGGGUGCCCUCCACCUACAGGUUCCCCUCGAUAUUACCAAAAGACACCUCUUCGCAUCUCUACUCGUCCGUCGACAAUCUCUUUCACCUCUGGAAAAAGGGGCACACCAAAACGCAAGAGAAUCUUGAAGCGUUUUGUCAAAAAGGUCAAACAGCUGCUUUGUCACACCCCCAAACGCACUCCAUCCGCACUCAAUCAUUAA